AUGGAGAACCGGGCAACUCUAGCAAAUCUGAUCAACCAUCCCAAUCCAAACAAUGCAGUUCUAGCGCAAAAGGGGAAAUUGAUAAAACAGAUUCGCGGAAAGGAAAAUCAGCAGCAGAGAGGUCUUCCUCCGGACUUCAUUGACAAAAUUGAUUAUUUGGUGAAGUCUUUUGCAAGCACGAAUGGAAGCAGCAUAGUGCUUCAAAAGUCUUUAUGGCAAGCCGAUCCAGCCAUCGCAAAGCGUGCUAUUAAUGGUGAUGUUGAUGCAAUCUUGUCGGGUGACUCUGAUUUUGCAAUGUACGUGGGUGGAGGUGGACCUGAUGGAUGUGGCGACAUCAUGCUACGGAAUCCAACAUUGGGCAAGCGCAACACACAUCUGGAAAGCCUUCAGAUAUGGACCGGGCAGAAGAACGUUGUGAAUUAUAUCAAUGAGAUUCUAAAACCGAAAGUGCGACAGUCCAUCUUUCAAAAGGAUCCACAGCAUCCCAUCUUUGAUGGCUUGGAUCAAAUUCGUUUUCGUGCUCUUUUCGCGCUUGCCCUUGGUUGCGAUGCAUUGCCUGGAGGUAUUGAUGGUUUUGGAGCAAAGAAAGCAAGCAUAAUCAGAUCAAAAAUUGAUUUCAGCGCGGACCCAGCAGUUGCCAAGGAAGAGUUACUGAAACAUCUAGUGGCUGCUUCAUUGAUUUCAAAACCCAAGAUUUACAGGCAUGUUCCAGCAGGACUCACACGAGAAGACUUCAUCUGCCUGUCAGACAGUCUCAUCUACGAGCCAACACAUAGUGGAUACUUGACCGGCCACAAGCCAGCAGCAUUAGAAAAAUACAAUAUUGACUUUGCAGAGGAGGGUGCUGGUGUCGCAUGCCGGAGCAAUGGAGCAGCAUCUGAGACUUGUAAGGGGUGCUUCUCUUACGGUCAUCAUGCUUUUCUAAAAGCCGAAGGCGCACACCAGUGCAACUUUUGCAAACACCCAGUCUGCCGUUCUUGCCUUUGGGAUCCGUCAUUGCGAAACAAGAAUGCCAAUAGGAGCCAGCUUGUUUGUUUGCCUUGCAAAGUUGAAUCAUUUCUUGGGGUUGAUGAGGUGACAGAAAGGGACAUGCGGCAGUUUCUAUCUGAGCACCAUGUCUAUUGUCCGGCAAAUGCAAAGUAUGAAGCUGUUUUGGAUUUGUAUCAUAGGCACAACUCAGGUGAUGACGAUUUAUUUUCAGAGGCCAUCAACAAAGUACAAUAUCCCUUGUUGCCGUCAUCUGCACUCCACUCUUCCAAACUCUUUCAACCUGAUGGCAAGAUACAUCCAAUCACUGAUGACAUUGAAUUGAUACUGCCAAAUUCAUCUUUGGUUAUUUUCAAGGCGAUCCUUGCUUAG